AUGGCAGCUAAUCUAGUAAAACUUCAACUUGUCGAACAACUUUCACCAUUAGUCAUUCGUGUACUUGGCUGUAAUCCAAGUCCAAUGACAUUACAAGGUACAAAUACAUAUCUUAUUGGAAAAGGCAACAAUCGAAUUUUAUUGGAUGCUGGUCAAGGUGUGCCUGAUUACAUUGAAGAACUUAAAAAUACAAUGGAAAAAAAUAAAGUACAAUUGCAAUCAAUUCUUAUUACACAUUGGCAUCCUGAUCAUAUCUAUGGUAUUAAAGAUGUUCUUAAAUUAGUUAAUCAACCUAAUUUACCUGUUUAUAAACGUAAACUUCUUGAAAUGCCUGAUAAGACAAAACUGGAAACUUAUGGUAUGCCAGAAAAUCCAGAUACAAUCACUAAUUUUACAUUUAUUCAUAAUAAUAACAAUGAGCCAUUUACAAUUGAAACCGAAGGAGCACAUUUAAAAUCUAUUUAUACUCCUGGUCAUACAACUGAUCAUCUUUGUUAUUGGCUUGAUGAAGAAAAUGCACUUUUUUCUGGUGAUGUUAUACUUGGUCAAGGUACAACUGAAUUCGAAGAUUUAUAUGAUUAUAUGAACUCUCUCAAACAUAUUCUUAAACUUUCACCUAAAAAAAUCUAUCCUGGUCAUGGUCCUGUUGUUGAAAAUCCACAAGAAACAAUCGAACAUUAUAUAUCACAUCGACAACAACGAAAUAAUCAAAUACUUGCAGCACUAAAACAAUCUAAUGAUGGACUUAAUCCCGAUGAAAUAACAAAAAUUGUCUAUGCGGAUUUAGUAGAAACAUUAUUUCCAGCUGCUCGUCAUAAUGUUUGUAAUCAUUUACAAAUGCUUGAAAAGCAAGGUCUUGUCUCUUUUAAUAAUAAAAAUGAAAAAUGGUCAUUACAUGCAAGUUCAUCUAUUUAA